AUGAAGGGAAUGGGCGUCGAGGACAUGGGGUGCGAGAUGGUGGGCAUGGACGGCCAGGUCAUGAUGGAGAAUGACGGUACGGCGCCCGAAGAAGGCAUGUGGGACGGCGACAUGGCCAUGUGCUGCAUGGAGGCGGACCCUUCCAUGUUGGAAGGCAUGACCUGGGCCAUGCCCGAGACUCCUCCGGAGGCUCAGCAGGAAUGGAACGCAGAGGCCACGCCCGAGAAGAAAGAGGCGGCGCCCAGAGCCAAGAAGGUCUGGGAGGAGACAGAGAAAGACUGGGGAAAGGAGGCCACACAGGAGACUUCCAGUCGCUGGCAGGACAGCCGCGGGAGGCAGGGCAACCGGAAGACCUGGCGCGAUGAAGGCUCGAACUGGGAUGAUCGCAAGGAUGAAGGCUGGGACAGCUGGGACUACAACUGGCGAAACAAGGGCCGCUCGGCGCGCAGGGCGAGACAGGAUGGGUGGCAGGAGAACAACUGGGGCGAGCGCGACUGGCGCUGGUCCCAGUACAAGGAGGAGCCUGAACCCGCCGAGGAAGCGCCUGAGGAGGCAGAGGUGGAGGUUGAGGCCGAAGGUGGGAGCAUACCUGCAAGCAGCAGUUCGGAGAGCCUCGCAGCACAGACUGGCGAAUCAGGCUACACGACCGUGAUGCUCCGCAACAUCCCCAACAAGUACACCCGCGAGAUGCUCGUCAAGCAGCUCAACCAGGACUUCAAAGGCCGCUUCGACUUUGUGUACUUGCCCAUUGACUUCAAGAACAAGUGCAAUGUCGGCUACGGCUUCAUCAAUUUUCGCACCUCUCCGGCCUGUGAUGAGUUUAUCGCCAAGUAUGACGGCGUGGAUGUUCGCAAGUGCUUGCCCGGGCUGAACUCCAAGAAGAUCGCCGGCGUCACGCCGGCCCGAGUGCAGGGUCUAGAGGAGAAUGUCCGGCGCUUGCGCACAGGGCCUGUCAUGAACGAGCUGGUGAACCACCCCGAGUGGAUGCCUCUGCUCUUGGAUGCCAAGGGCGAGGCCAUGGACUUCCCCAUGCCCGAGCACCCUGCUCCGGCCCCGAAGCUGAAGCGCCGCGCCCGUGAGGAGCCAGGCGCUCGCGCGUGGUGA